UGUCUUAAAUUGAGGUAGCAGCAGAAGAAAUUAACAGAGGGCAUGGCGGCGUUUGCAGGGCCGUGACUUUAAUGCUGCCAUAGCUUACAGAGAAUUGAACCUGAAAUUGGUCGACCGACCCCGGUUGCCCUAAUCCCCAGAAUUUCUUUUUCUCGUUUUACUCCUUUCACUCUUUCUCUCUCUAGGCCUGCUAUGGAUUAUUGGAACCCGAGGGUAAAAUGUCCGGAUUCUUCACUUUAAACGGCGUCGGUAAACCAGAUUCUGAACCACCGUCGGCAACGGCCAACGGGGGUUUUCUUUUGUUUAGGAACGAAGAGAUCUAUAAUAAUAACGAUAAUAAUAAGAAUAGUACGGACAAGGCGUUUGAGUUAUGGCAGCAGCAAUAUUACAACUAUCAUCACCAGCAACAGAAGAUGAAUUGUCAGCCGGGUGGUAAUGAUCACACGACGUUGUUGAGAACGAUGAGACAAGGCGGUGGUGGUUCUGUGGGUGGAAGCGGAGGAGGUGGAGGUGGAACGGUAAAUUGUCAGGACUGUGGGAAUCAGUCGAAGAAGGAUUGUCAACAUUCCCGUUGCCGGACAUGUUGUAAAAGUCGAGGUUUUCAAUGUAGUACUCAUGUGAAGAGCACGUGGGUUCCGGCUGCCAAACGCCGUGAAAGGCAACAACUUGCUGGUUCUAGUAAUCAAGAUCAACGGCAGCUGAAUCUCAUCAAUAGGACUGAUCAGAAUCCCAAAAGGCACAGAGAAACUUCUUCCUCAGGGUUGGAGGUGGGUCAUUUUCCGGCGGAGGUAAAUUCUUCUGCACUUUUCCGAUGUGUCAAGGUUAGUGGAAUGGAGGAAGCCGACGAACAGUUGGCUUAUCAGACGGCUGUUAACAUCGGAGGACAUGUUUUCAAGGGGAUUUUGUAUGAUCAGGGACCGGAGAGCCGUUAUGGAGGUGGGGAGAGCUCUUCCGGCGGCGGAGGCGGCGGCGGAAGUGGUGGUGGUGGGUCAGGAAAUCAACAAUUGCCACUCAAUUUGAUACCAUCAGCCGCAGGUAGCAGUCAUGGAAUGACAACAUUUAUUGAUCCUUCGAAUUAUCCGGCUCCAUUGAGUGCUUUUCUCUCCGGUACACAAUUCUUCCCACCACCAAGACCCUAAAAAGAGAAUUUACCAUUAUUAAUGGUUUCUUUCUCUAAAUGAAACUUUGAUCAGUUUUAGUGUUUCUUUCCUUUUUUAACAUGGGUUCAUCUAGCUAGUUAUUCAUGGAUCAUGAUGACACAUUAUGGGAUUAAAUUUGGUUUCUUUUGCUUUGUUAGUUUUUAAUUAAUUGUUGGCUGUUAUUUUAUGAACAGGGUUUGGAUUUUUAUUUCAAA